AUCCUCCUCCUUUGUUUCGCAAGAACAAGAUGAACACCAAGGACAGGGAAGGCCAUGGCUGGCCGGCCUCCCCUCCGGUCGGGUGGUUCACCCAUGAAAAGCUUUGCUUGGAUGCGCUCUGGUUCCUCUCAGUGCUCUCAGAUCGGAAGGGAUUUCUUUCGAAUUCCCUGGAUCGGGCGGAUCUGAGCGCAAGGGCGGCGCAGGCGCAAACCCUCCCCUUGGCUCCGAUGGAGUCGCUCGUUAUCGAGUUAUCGUCGAAACCGAUCUAGGACUCGGGAUGGUCCGCCCGGCCCGCGGUCGGACCCGUACCCUGGAAAGUACCGGUUCGGCUCGAGACGAGCCCGUCGUGGGGUCCGGUGCACCACUCUGGCGAGCCCGACAGCCAGGCUGCACGUCGCUGCAGCGCGGCUCCGCUCGGACCUGGGUGUCGUUCCGGGUUCCGGCACGGCGGUCUGUAGGCACUGUAGCAGCUGGCACACUCGCCCGUUGCGUGUGCGUGACGCGACCACGAGCCCGAUGCCUGACGCGCCGGUCCCAGCGCAUCGUGGCGGGCUUUUGGUUCGGCGGCUGCACCGGAGCGCAAUGCCAUUCGGUACUGGGAGGGAAUGCGUUCGCCGGCUGAACCCCAAUGCCAUUUAAACCCCCCGGAGGAGGAACCGUUGCCGAAGCCACAACUCAGCUGAUCAUCUAAGAAGAGCAGAGCGCCUAAUCUCUCCUCCGCGAAAGGACGAUCUCUGCGGAGAAUCCAGCUGCUACGAAUUUCGGAUUGGAACGAAGGAGAAGCUCGCCUCAGCACAAGGAAGGAGGAACGAAGCGGAGAAGCUCGCCUCAGCACAAGGAAGGAGAAGGCGCGGGGGCAUCGGCAUCGUCGCCUUCGUUCUCUGUUUCCAAGUUUCUCGGACGCGGGCGGGCGGCCACGGUCCUCGACCCAUCGUCCGUCUUGUCUCGGUCCCGGUGAGAGACAUGGGGAAGACCAAGCGUAUGCGCCAUGGGCGUGGUGGUACUGGUUCAACAGCUUCAGCUGCUUGGUCUAUGGGUCAGAGAGCUGCAUGUCCUUCUCCAAGACAGGAGGUCCCAAGCAAUAUGAGGGAGCUCGUGCCAGUAGUUUUAGUUGAUCUCGAGCUUGGGACUACAAGCCCGCAAGUGGUUGCAGGUAUGUGGGCAGAAGCUUUUUGGAACUUUCGUGCGUGAGGUCUGCGUUAGAGUUGGGCGACGUGAGGACUACCCGCUCAACCUCACUGUCACUGUGGGGUGUCGGAGGGUUGUACCUGAUGCAGCUAUGGAUAUGAGUAUGGUGUACCAGUUGUACAUGUCGAAGGAUGAUGCUCUUCUGUAUUUGACCCAUGGUUAAGCACUGAAGGCUGAGAUAACUUCCAUACAAAGAUCUUCGUUGAUUGCGAUCAAACUAUGCUUGCGCUUGCAUCUGACUCAUACAAACGGAUGUUGAUGGCGCCAUGCUGAAUUACUGUAAAUGUGAUAUAGUAGAUACUAAGUGCUGGACGACUCUUGAUGUUUGAAUGGUUCUGGUUAACGUGAUGCGGGUUAUGGUCCAUUUAGAGUACUAGAAAAGCCUCAAACUGAUGCAACUCAAAUUCAGCUCAGCAGCUCGAGUUAUCAGGUGGGGUAGCAUGAUUUUAUUCGGGGCAAUCGCUUUUCUAAACCAUUGAAGAUGGCAGACAGAGAAAGAAAGGCGCUUUCUUCUUCAUUGCAGGAAUGAAACCGUUGGGCUCGUUUUUAGUAAACCUAGGGGGCUAAAUGCAAAAUUUUGCGUGGCAAGUUUUAGCAUCAUCAUCAACCGGACAGUUCUAAGUAGAUCAGUGGGUCCCACGGCAACUUGCCACGCGGCAUAUGCAGACAUGCGGGCCCAGCACUAGUUGCCAUCUGCCAUUUUCCUCGUCUCUGAGCUCGUGCCCGACCUGAGACCCAUUGCCCCCGACUCCAACAGGCGGCGGCGCAGUUGUUCUGGAAGACGCCGGCGGCGGUCCAUUUGGGAGCGGCAUUGCCUUGGGCAAGAUCAAAUCAGGGUUUGUGGGGCGGGGGGUUGUGGGUUGGGCGGGCUUGAUUUGAGACAUGGAAUCACCCGAACGGGCUCGUAAUGAAAAUGAAGAACCCAUGGACGGAAAGGAACGUGUUAGAGUGAAGUUUCGUCCUUGCAUUGGGAAGUUAGACGACGACAGUGUUAAGGUGAUUAAUAGGAAUGCCAUAGAAACGGGGAGAAUCAAGGCGGAUGGCAUCAGUGUUGUAGAUUUCAUAGGGGAGUUGGGUAAGAUGGUGGUAUGGGGUUCAAGCCAAGAGCUGGAAUUAGGUAGCUAUGUGGGGAGGGGGAACUACCGGCGAAUCACGACAGCUGCGCAGCUUUUUGAAGCAAUCGUACACGGUCGGAGAAGGACAGGGGAUCCUGAGAUAACAAUUUAUGCGGACAUAAUUGAUGGGAGGGAAGACUCACCUGUAGGAUUAGUUCGGUCGCAAGCUGCAGAAGCCAUGAACGACGCAGCAUUCCUUGCAGACAGCGAGCCCGUGCGGAAUGUGCGAGAUUUCGGUCCGAACAGUCUUAAUCCGCCAGAAGAUUUGGGGUCGGGGCAGGGAGAAGGACCAUCUGUUGAUUGGAAUAAAGUAGAUAUUGAUCUGCCAACAGAUAUUGCUCUGCAAAUUGUCAGCGAGGAAAAAUUGGCCAAACUUCUUGGAAGUCGAUUGCCUAAUGAUAAAAGGACGUUUCUGCCGCCCCCUCCUGAGCAGGGUGUGCCCCUGGAUCAACAUGGUGAUGAUUACGAAGAUGAAGUUGAGCUCCUCUUUGCACAAGGAGGAGAAGAAGUAGAUGACAGAAAUGAAGAAGAGAUGCGCACGGUUCAUGACAAGGAUGAUCCUGAUAUAUCAGUUGGGACGUUUUGGUCUAGUAUGGAGGAAUUGAAGAUGGCUUCCAGGUCAUAUGCUGUGAAGAAAGAGUUUCAAGGGAGGACAGCAUGGACUGACAAGAACAGGUUCACAGCUAAAUGUAAGGGUAAGGAUGGGGAUAUGAAGCCUUGUCGAUGGUAUAUGUCUGCGAGAAGGCAACCUAACGGGAGGUUCAUAAGGGUCAAUCGGAUGCCACAUGACCACACAUGUAUGACAUCCGGGAGGAGAAUCACGAACAUAGCCUAGGUUGUAGAAAAGGUGAAGCCCAUUCUGACCAAAAAACCAAGCACAACUGCAAAACAACUUCAAGAUGACUUGGAAAGGGAUUACAAGUGCACUAUUAGCUACAACACUGUGUGGAAAGGGAAGCAAAUUGCUCUGAAGGAUCUGUAUGGUGACUGGGGCAAUACAUUCAGAAUGUUGUACAACUUUAGAGCCGAAAUGGAAGUGAGGUCACCAGGCAGCGUAGUUGAGAUAGAUACCUAUACAAAAGAUGAUGGUAGGGUAUUUUUUUCUAGGUUCUUUAUGGCAAUGAAGCCUUGCAUGGAUGGUUUUAAACCAGGGUGCCGUCCCUACUUGAGCAUAGACUCCACUGCGUUGAAUGGGAAAUGGAAUGAGCAGUUGGCUGCGGCCAUUGCCCUAGAUGGCAACAAUUGGAUGUUUCCAGUUGCUGUAGGCUUGUUUCAGUCAGAGACAGAGGCUGAUUGGACUUGGUUCAUGCUUCAGUUGAAAAGGGCACUAGGACACAUGAAUCCCUUAGCCAUAUGCACUGAUGCUUGUAAGGGUCUUGAGAAUGUAGUAAAAAAUGUGUUUCCACAUGCAGAGCAGAGGGAGUGCUUUGGCCAUUUGUGGCUGAAUUUGGUUAAAAAGUUUCAAGGAAAAGUUUUUGGAAGAAUGUGGCCAGCAGCAAGAGCCUACGAGCAGGACACUUACAAGUACCAUAUGGAUAAGAUGUUGUCAAUUUCUGAGGGGGGUUGUCCAGAAUUUGGUGUAUAUCUGAAAACCUACCAUUCUUUGUUAUGGUACAGAAGUGGCUUUAAUACGGAUAUCAAAGUUGAUCAUAUCAAUAACCACUUGGCAGAAAGUUUUAACAGUUGGAUAAGAGAUCUGAAGGGCCUGUCUGUUCAUGAGCUCAUUGACAACAUCAAGAUAAGAUUAAUGAAUCUAUUCAAUAUCAAAAGACAACUAGGUGAGAAAUUGCAUCAAGACAAACUACCAACAGUGGUUCAACAGCUUGUAUACAAGAGUAGAGGACUCAUGCACUACACUGUUGUGAAUGCCUCAAGUAACUCUGCUGAGGUUAUGAACAAAAGGAACAUGAGGAGGCAUGUGGUGAAGCUUCAUUUACAUGAAUGCUCCUGUCUUGAGUGGCAAGCAAUAGGCAAACCUUGUGAGCAUGCUAUAGUAGUGUUGUCACAGAGAGAGCACUUGAUGAUGGGGGAAUAUCUGCAUGAAUAUUACUCGGUGGCCAUGUUUAGAGCAGCAUAUGCAGGAAUUAUUGAGCCAUUUACAGACCAAUCACAAUGGCCUGAAGUUCCACUAGGAGUUGACAUGCAUGCCCCAGACUUAACUAGAAAACCAGGUAGGCCUAAACAGAAACGUUUCAAAAGUUUCUUUGAUCGUGGUGGUAAAAAAGGAACAAAAGGUCAAAUGAAAGGGAACAAAGGGGAAUUAACAGAUGAGGAGAUAGAGAAAGAUAUUGAGAAAGAGAAAAAGAAAGAGCAAGAGAAACUGAAAACAAAAGCAGGCAUAGGCAUCAAACACAGAUGCACCAGAUGUUUAGAAAUCGGACAUCGUGCUAAUUCGCCUUUCUGCGUUUUCAAUGUUCCUAAACCAUCAAGGGGUCGUGGUAAAAACAAGACCGGAGCAGGAUCUGAAGAAUUUCCUGAAGAUGCCCCUCACCUUGAAAAAUGCACUGCAUGUCUAGAACCUGGUCAUCGUGCUGGUUCCAUUUUCUGCGCCCUAACUCCACUGAAACCUAAAAGGGGUCGUGGAAGACCGAAAUCUGUUGUUCAAGAACAACUGCCAACUGAAAAUGGUGUUGAAGAACAAGGGCCGGCUGAAGAUAUUGCAAAACAGGUGCCAGCUGAAGCUGUUGCGGAACAAGUGCCACCUGAACCUGCUGUUGUAGAACAGUUGCCAGCUGAAGCUGCUGAAGCAAAUUGGGAACCGUUGCCAAAUGAUAAUGGAUAUGAUUGGCCACCUGAAGGUGAUUGGCAAACUCAUUGUGAAAAUGCAGAAGUUGAUGAUUGGCCAGCUGAAGUUGUUGAAGGUUCUGAACAUAGUGAAAAUGCUAAAGACGAUGAUCUGAUUGUUGAAGGUACUGACAAUUCUGAAGAUUGUGACCAUUAUGAAGAUUUAGUGAUUGAUGAAGACAAAAAGAAUGUCCCAAUUGGUGUGCUGGUAAAGGAGUAUCGCAAAAAAAGGAAGAGAGGAGGAAAGAAGGUGCUGAAAAAAGAGUGUUCUGUAUCUGCUUUGUAUGGGAGAGCUGUGUGAGCUCAUUUGUGUUGACAAACAUUUCUCUGUCAUUUGUAUUGAGAAACAUUUGUGUUGAGGAUUAUGUGUGAGCUCAUUUGUGUGAGUUUCAUUUGUAUUGAGAAACAUUUGUGUGCCAGAUUCUGUGUUAAUCAGAUUAUGUGUAUUACUGUUCAUUAGUGAGGAUUAGUGUUAAUCAAUUGUAUUGAGAACCAUUCAUACUA